GAUAUAUUCACCUUUCAGCUUUCAACAACCUUCACUUCCCUUCUCUUCUUCCCAUUUAUGAAUCCUCAAACCAGCUCCACUACACUCCCUCAUUGCUCUUCACUUUUUCACUUUCUUUUUUCCCUUCCUUGGUUCUUACUCUGAUCUGCAUUCUCCACUUUAAAGGGUGAAAAAAAAAUAGAGGGAAGAGAAAGUUUUGUAGCCAAAAAGUUGCUCUGCCACAUAGAUAGAAGUUAAGGAAGAAAGAAUCACAACUUUUCAACAAUCUAAGAGUGCAGACAAAGACAACAUAGUUUUGGUUUUAGUUUUGCUUCUUGCAUCAGUUGUUUCUUUAUAUGACCUUUUUUCUUUUUGUUGGUAUUCUAGGAUCUCCAAAUCCAGCCAACACUUGUUCACAUUCUCCUCUUCUACUCCACACCAUUUCUUCUAGCAAAAAUCACCCUUAAGAUUAUUUAUUCUUUUUAAAGUUUAAUGCUUUUUUUUUUUCUUUUUAACUCCCUCAGCUACUUAUCCUUAGUUUUUGUCAACUGAGAUUUCAUUUUCUGUAAUAUUCUGUUAAUUAAGUUCAAGUAGAUUUGGCAUGCAUGAAAGAAUUUCUAGCUUCUAAAGGAAGAGUUUUUCAUCAUCUAUCAAUAAAAUGGUGAUGCUAGUUUUGUAGUAUUUGAUUUUCCCUGUGGUUGUGGAGGUUCUGGGGGUUUGUUGUUGUUUUUCUUUUUCUUGUUCUGAAUCAUUUGUCAGAUGGGUUUGGGAGUGAUUGGCACUGUUCUAAUUUUGGGACUCUUGUUCAAGCAUUUGGCUUCUCAGCAACCAAACACUGAUGAGUUCUAUGUGUCUGAGUUCUUGAAGAAAAUGGUUUCCAAUUCUUCUUCUUUUUCCUCCUACAAUUUCUCAGCUUCAGUGUGUUCAUGGCAAGGAGUUUUCUGUGACAACAACAAAGAACAUGUUGUUGAGUUAAACUUUUCAGGUUUAGGCCUCUCUGGAACUAUUCCUGAUAACACCAUAGGCAAGCUGAGCAAGCUUCAAACUUUGGAUCUUAGCUGCAACAAGAUCACAACUUUGCCUUCAGAUUUUUGGAGUUUAAGCUCUAUCAAGAGCCUCAACCUCUCCACCAAUCAGAUUUCAGGUUCAUUGACCAACAACAUUGGCAACUUUGGUAUGCUUGAAACCAUUGACUUGUCAAGCAACAAUUUCACUGAAGAAAUACCAGAAGCUAUUGGAUCCCUUAUGAGUUUGAGAAUCCUCAAACUUGACCAUAACAAAUUCUCAAGAAGCAUUCCUUCUGGGAUUCUCAAGUGCCAGUCCCUGGUUUCAAUUGAUCUCUCAUCAAAUCAAUUGAAUGGAACACUUCCAAAUGGUUUUGGUGCUGCUUUUCCUAAGCUCAAGAACUUGAACCUUGCUGCCAAUGAUAUAGAUGGCCGAAUCUUGGAUAUUUCAGGUUUCAAUUCCAUUUUAAGUCUCAACAUAUCUGGAAAUUCCUUUCAGGGUUCUAUCAUGGGUGUGUUUCAGGAAAAGUUGGAGGUAUUGGACCUAAGCAGAAACCAAUUUCAAGGCCACAUUUCACAGGUACAAUACUACAACUGGUCUCAUUUGGUUUAUCUUGAUUUGUCAGGGAAUCAGCUAAGUGGUGAAAUUUUCCAGAACUUGUUGAGUUUGAGUGAGUCCUUGUUGAAUCUAAAGCACCUCAAUCUUGCACACAACAGAUUCUCCAAACAGAAAUUCCCAACAAAGAUUGAAAAGCUCCAAGGAUUGGAGUAUCUGAACUUGUCCAAAACCAAUCUUGUAGGCCUAAUCCCUGAUGAAAUCUCAAAACUGAGUAAUCUCAAUGUUCUUGAUCUUUCUAUGAAUCAUCUUGCUGGUAAAGUUCCAAUUUUGAGGAACAAACACCUCCAAAUUCUUGACCUUUCAAACAACACCUUGAGUGGAACAAUCCCUUUGUCUGUCUUGGGGAAACUACCAUUCAUGGAGAGAUACAACUUCUCUUACAAUAACUUAACACUGUGUGCUUCAGACAUUCACCCUGAUGUUCUUGAAUCAGCAUUCUUUGGAUCAGUGAACAGUUGUCCAAUUGCUGCAGACCCACAUUUCUUCAGGAGAAAGAACAAUGGACACAACAAGGGAAUGAAGCUAGCAUUGGUGUUAACCUUCUCAAUGAUCUUCAUGCUUGCUGGCCUGUUGUUUUUAGCAUUCGGCUGCCGAAGGAAAUCGAAAAUGUGGCAAGUUAAACAAACUUCAUACAAAGAAGAACAGAACAUUUCCGGGCCUUUCUCAUUCCAGACUGAUUCAACAACCUGGGUGGCUGAUGUUAAGCAGGCAACAUCAGUUCCUGUGGUAAUCUUUGAGAAGCCUUUGUUGAACAUUACAUUUGCAGACUUACUGGCUGCAACUUCAAAUUUCGACCGAGGUACUCUUUUGGCCGAAGGAAAAUUCGGUCCGGUCUAUAGAGGCUUUCUUCCUGGUGGUAUUCAUGUGGCAGUUAAAGUUUUGGUGGUUGGUUCUACAUUGACAGAUCAAGAAGUGGCUAGAGAGCUUGAGUUUCUUGGCAGAAUCAAGCAUCCCAAUCUUGUUCCUUUAACUGGAUAUUGUGUAGCAGGGGAUCAAAGGAUUGCUAUAUAUGAUUAUAUGGAGAAUGGAAACUUGCAAAAUCUGCUAUAUGACUUGCCACUUGGUGUGCAAAGCACUGAUGAUUGGAGCACAGAUACAUGGGAUGAAUCUGACAACAAUGGAAUUCAGAAUGCUGGCUCUGAAGGAUUGCUCACAACCUGGAGAUUUCGUCACAAAAUCGCCCUUGGAACUGCUCGAGCUCUUGCUUUCUUGCACCAUGGAUGCUCUCCUCCAAUCAUUCAUAGAGCAGUCAAGGCCAGCAGUGUUUAUUUGGACUAUGAUCUCGAGCCCAGGUUGUCUGAUUUCGGCCUGGCUAAGAUCUUUGGAAGCGGCUUGGACGAGGAGAUUGCUCUUGGUUCCUCUGGUUAUGUUCCGCCGGAGUUUUCCCAACAAGAAUUCGAGUCGCCAACCACGAAAUCUGAUGUAUAUUGUUAUGGAGUUGUGCUCUUUGAGCUAGUAACCGGAAAGAAGCCGGCCGGAGAUGAUUACCCUGAUGACAAGGAAUCAACUUUGGUUAGCUGGGUGAGAGGACUAGUUAGAAAGAAUCAAGCUUCAAUAGCAAUUGAUCCAAAGAUUAGGGACACAGGACUAGAUGAACAAAUGGAGGAGGCUCUCAAGAUUGGUUAUCUUUGCACUGCUGACUUGCCGGCCAAGCGACCAACAAUGCAGCAGAUUGUUGGACUUCUAAAAGACAUUGAACCUAUUGCUUCUAAUUAGCUUCAAUGGUGACAUGGAUUUUGAGGUUGUUUUAAUUUAGUUUUGUUUCUUUCUAUCAUCCAUGAAACAAAUGUAAAGCAGUUAGAUUCUGGAGUUGAGUUUUUCUUAUGAAGAAGAGAGCCUUUGAUGAAUAUACACCAGGACUUUAUGAUCAUUGUACUAACUUGUUAAUGCAGCAUGUGAUCUUGUUUUGAA